CAAUUUUCUCUCUCCCAGACGGACAACGCUGCCAUGGCAAUAAAGUGUGAGGCAGAUUUGAUAUUGUGUUUUGAAAAUCAUUGAUUUACUGGGCUAGUGAUGGAUCUCAACGCUCUUUUCAAGGGUAGAUUUUGUUGCUUUCUCAAGGACCCACUUGAAGAGGCUGAGACUUGGGGAGAGUCUGUGGACAAACUCCUGUGUAGUAAACCUGGGCAGGCAGCUUUCCGACAAUUCCUGAAGUCAGAGUAUAGUGAGGAGAAUAUCCUGUUUUGGCUGGCCUGUGAGGACUACAAGAAGAUCAAGUCUCUUCCAGAGAUGAUCUCCUCUGCUAACAGGAUCUACUCUGAGUUUGUGGAAUGUGAAGCACCCAGACAGAUCAACAUUGAUUGUGGGACCAGAGAAAAUAUCACCAAGAACAUCUCCCAGCCGAGCCUGACGUCCUUUGACGCGGCACAGAAGCUGAUCUACAGUCUGAUGGCCAGGGAUUGUUACCCACGAUUCCUCAAGUCAGACAUCUACCAGGAUUUGCUUAGGAGAGCAGAUGCAAGGUGACUCUCUUAAAUGACAAACGCUCUAAGUGUUUCUCAACGUUUUAUGUACCACACACAAGCUACAGUCCCUCCAUCCAUGGAGGACCACUUUGAUUAAAGGGAUGGUUUUAUUUAUUUUCUACCUUAUUUUCGACUUACCUAGGGUGUUGUUACCUAGGGUUUAGUUUAGCAAUAUCCAGAAUCUCCUGGCUAGACUGUUUUGUAAAUGUAGCAAUGCAUGUGGAAAUGGAUUGUGUCGUUCCUUAAAACUAGCACCUGAGAACUGACUAAAUGGCUGCCAGCUCACCAUUUAACCAGGAAGUGGUCAAGAACCAUUUAACCAGGAAGUGGUCAAGAACAACCCAGAAAUUGAGAAACACAUUCUUUCAACUCUUGCAAUCCAUGUCCAAACAUCAUCAGAUAUAUAUUUUCUUUAACCGGUGACUACAUUUAAUGGGUUGAUUCCAUUCUCAAUGAAUGUAUAGAGUAUAAUGUGUGCAAUGUUGUUGUAUUUAACUAAGUUAUUUGUAGAGACUAAAAUGCCAAAAUGUUGCCCAUUUGACUAUAAAUUAGAUGAUGAAUAAGUUCUUCAUUUGUAUCAAUAGUAUUAUCACUUCUGUAUGUAAUCAGAUA